AUGGCGUCUGGCUGGUUCAGCUCAUCGUCGAGCGACCCAACGCGUCCUCCGGACGUUCGCGUCCAAGUUGCUGAACAGAAACCUCACGACUUCUACCUGCAGCCCGGCUCGGGAAGCAGCCCAAGACCCGCCACCAACCGCUCAGCGGGCUCAGUACCUGCGGCUUAUGUGGAUACGACUCAUUCCAAGGUCCAUGUCCACAAUGCUUCACUUUUCGAUGUAGGCAUCCUGAAAGACACGCUUGUCCCAUCACUCACCCUGCAUUCUGGCUUGGCCAUCAUUGCGUACGGAGCUGCGCGAUACACAAAUCGCGUCGAAGCCAAGGACUGGCUUUGGCCCAGUGGUCAGGUCGUGAACGCCUGGUGGUCUGCCGUUGGACGCCGUCUUGCUCAAGGCUACACCGUCUCGCAAGCGUUCAGUCGUCUAUCAUGGCACGAGCGUGUUAUCCUUACGGGCGUUACAUUAUGGGGAGGACGUCUCUUUUACCGCAUCGUUAAUCGUUCCAUCCAACGAGGCGAGGACGACCCACGAUAUGCCGAAGUCAAGAAGGAGGAGGGCUUCUGGAACAGCGCGUUGUUCAAAGUCUUCAUACCCGAGGCCUUCUUCCAGAUGCUCAUCAGUCUGCCGUUUACCGCACCAUUCCGACACGAGGGUGCUGUCAUGACAGGCUAUCACCCCUUUGUUCAGAUGUUUGCUGUCGGCUUGUUCUCUUCAGGAUUGGCGAUGGAGACACUUGCAGACUACCAGCUAGAUCAGUUCAAGGCCGAAGGCAAUAAGGGCAUCAUGCGCGAAGGAGUAUGGAGCAUUGUCCGCAACCCCAACUACCUCGGUGACGCCCUCGUACACAUCUCCUUCAUCGUCAUGCUUUACGGCUCAGACAUGCUUGCCCCUAUCGAACUCCUAGGCCCCGCCGCGAAUUACGCCUUCCUCCGCUUCUUUGGCGGCGACGCCGAGAAAGAGAAACACCAAGAACGCCGAUACUCCGCAUCUCACCCCGAGAAGUUCCGCGAAUUGGAGAAGUUCCGAGCGGAUAAGAAUGCUUUCUGGCCGAGCGUAGAUGAGCUAAGCAACAAAUGGUUGUGGACUGUUUUGGGUGUUGGAGGCUUGGGUAUCGCAGUCGAGCAAACGCUUCGGGCGCUGCACUAG